GACAUUGCCGCCGCACCACGAACACGACCGUACGAACGAGCCAUUGCUGUCCUGUCGCCGGUCGCUUUGCUGUCCUUAAACCCUAGCCCCAUCUCACCUCUAUACAGGCCACGCCACCACCAUUCCCAAGCUCACCACCGCCACUUCACAAGCUGCCGCCUUUGCGCACACACCACACCGAACCCGACAUGGCGUCCGCCGCAUCGCCGUCGUGGGCCAUCCUGGGGAGAGUGCCGCGGGUGACGGCCGCCGACGCCGACCUCCCUCCGGGCACCGACCUCUCCCUCGCGCUGCCGCACCCACCGCGCGUCGCGCUCCUCACCAUCCCCUCGCGCAUCUUCCCGGGCCGCACCACCGCCGACACCUUCCCGUCCAUCCUCGCCGCCGACGCCUCCGGCCUCCUCCUCCUCAAAGCAGACCAGGGCCCCGCCGCCACCGACCUGCCCCGCCGCAAGGACUUCUCCUGGCGCCCCACCGUCGCCGACUACUUCGUGCUCGACGCCAACACCGCCUCCGCGCUCCGCCUCCCCGACGCCAAGUUCAUCAGGCGCCCGGGCCACCGCGGCCUCAUCGCCUGCCCCGGCCACUACGUGGUCGCCGAGCUCCAGAUGAGCGUCGGCGACGACACCGCCGACCUCCUCUGCUUCUCCUCCCAGACCGGGGAGUGGGUCAGCAAGGACGUCCCCUACCCACUUCCCUCCCGCCCGAUGAGCCCCAACUGCGUCGUCUCGCACGCCGGGAGCCUCUGGUGGGUCGACCUCUCCUGGUGCCUCCUCGCCUGCGACCCGUUCGCCCACAGGCCGGCGCUCCGCGUCGUCCCGCUGCCGGAGGGCAAGGCGCUCAAGCCCAAGGAAGCUUCCGGGCUGCUCGACAAGUACCGCUGCGUCGGUGUCAGCGCCGGCAAGCUCAGGUUCGUCGACAUGUACAGGAACCGCAGCAGCGGCGGCGGCGGCGCUGCGCAGAUCACCGUGUGGACGCUCGCCGAUCCGGACUCCGCCAAGUGGACGCUGGAGUACGAGGCCACCUUCGGCGAGAUCUGCGACGACGCCAGCUACAAGGCCACUGGUCUGCCCAGGAAGAUCCCCGUGCUCGCGCUCAUCCACCCUACCAACCCCGACGUGGUCUACUUCUUCGUCGACGAGCGCAUGGUCGGUGUCGACGUCCGUGCUCGCAAGGUUCUGGACUGGGAGGCGUACGACCUGGUUCAGCCGCCUCGCGAGAACGUCUCCAGCCGUUUCGUUCACGCUUGGCAGCUGCCACGGGCUCUCUGCUCAGGUUCUGCAAAGGAGACUGAAGAUGAUGGCGUGAAUGACGAGCUGCAGCAACUCCGUCUGUGAGACUAGCUGGAUUAACUUCAUAACUAGGGGAAUUAAUGCACGAUAUUAUCAGGUGGUAAAGGCGUCUUAUCGAUCUUAACCGAAAGACAUGGCUGAAACGCUUUGCUUGUUUUGUAUUGUCACUGUUUAAGUUCAGAACUAAAGGGAUUUCGGUGAAAGUAUGGCAGCAAUCUAUGCUAUGUUAUCUUUUGUCCGUGAUUAA